AUGCAUUUCGCCCUUUUUCUUUGCGCUUUGGCGGCUUGGCCAGUAGCUUAUGCACAAACAACGAGCAACACCAAGUUCAGCACCGUCACGACCACUGGCAAGAUUCCAUCUCCAACUCAACCGACGGUAGCCGACCGCCACUCAGCAUUCGGGACUGUUGUUGGCCAAUGGGUAACGGAAAACCAGUGGACGGGCAACGAGGGUUCUCAGAACCUUCCUGUGCUUUUGAUUCCGACCGUUAACACCAGCUCUACGAUUGCCGAUUCACCGGUGCGGGUUCAGUUGGCUGCGGGGUAUUUUGAGGUUGACACGAUUUACAGCACUGGGAGUAAUUUCCUCCGGAACACCACCGUUUCCUUGAUGAUUCCACUUUGGGGUACCACAAAUCUCUCCGGACCGUUCGAUAUACCUCUCAGUCCACCCGUCGAUAUUCCCGUGUCAAUCCCCGGUACUCAAAUCAAUGGGACUAUCACAUUCUUUCUCGAUCCAACCACCAAAUCCGAGAUUCUUAUGGCAUGGAAAGUCUACACACCUUUCUCCGGCAGACUUGACGAGCGUGGUCUAAGCGUGUUCCCUCAACUUAUCAACAGCCAUUUCACGCAAGCACAACUGCAGGGAAUCCGACACUUUACUGAGGCGGAACUAAAGACACUCUCCAGUCCCCCAACGCCUUUCACCUUUGAUUCCGCUUUUUCUGCCCCGACUCCCGAACAAAUGCUUUUACAGGAGUUCAUCACUAACUUCGUGGAGGGGAACUCUUCGACUGUUGCGAUCCAGACUUAUGGUCCUUCUUCGAAUCAAUAUACUGUGGACGUAUCCUUUUUGAAUAGCGUCCUCGAGAUCACUGGAAAUAUCGACCCCAAGACUCUGGUUGGUUCUUUAGAUAUAUUCGGCAAAUUCCCGCUCGCUGGACGCGUUCACCUAACCAAAAUGGAAGGGAAUUUGAUUUCCAGGCUCGUCGCAAUAAUCAAUGAAAGGCUGGCCACGGGCUCGGUGACCAUUUGGGCCGAUAAUCCAACCGGCCUCUACGAUCUUUAUAUCGAGGCGUCGCUGCAGUUCCAGUUCCUUGGGAUGUUUGACACGUUUGGGCCGUAUAAGAUCUUAACGCUCCCGUUCUAG